UGUUUAGGAUUUUGGAGAGGAGGAGCGCGCACUUUUUCCUCAUUUCACUACUACUACGUUUACCCUGCAGUCACGUUCACACUUGCAUCACUUCAUCUCCACAUCUGGCUGCCCUCUCCAAACUCUACAAUAUUUGACCCUUUAGGCUUCUCUACAGCGGUACACAGUUCCUGUGAAGGCUGAAGUGGUUCACCCGUGAAGCUGAUUCCACGCUUGCUGUUUGCCUCGGUGAACCUCUACAGCAGAUCUUUUGUUCCGGAAAAGGCCUGAGGGGACUGUGUACAGAGGAUUAUCCUUCUGUGCAGCCAACAUACAAUUUCCAAUACUCCAGCUUUUGAUUUUCAGUUCCACCAUCAGCCAUGUUGAUUAUUUUGGCCUUCAUCAUCCUCUUCCACAUCACCUCUGCAAUACUACUCUUCAUAGCAACCAUCAGAAAUGUAUGGUGGGUUUCGAAGGGUUACACCUUAGAUCUCUGGUAUUACUGCAACUCCACAAAUUGUUAUGAUAUACCGAACAGUGCAACGGAUAAGGCAGCCUAUCUUCAGAUUAUCCAGGCCACCAUGAUACUUGCUACGAUCUUGUGCUGUGUGGGUUUCUUUGUUUUCAUCCUUCAGCUCUUCCGUCUGAAGCAGGGAGAGAGAUUUGUCUUCACAGCCAUCAUCCAGCUCUUGUCUGCUUUCUGUGUGAUGACCGGUGCAUCCAUCUACACUGCAGAGCACUUAAACUUCCAAGACGAGAUUUUUAAGGAAGGAGACUACGGAUACUCCUUUGUUGUGGCCUGGGUCGCAUUCCCCAUGACGCUGCUGAGUGGCUUUAUGUAUCUAGUGCUAAGAAAACGCAAAUAAAGCACAACACACCACCUCACUAGCUGCCACCAGCUACAGUCUUAGCCAAGAGACUUUAUUUGGAAUGAUACUUGUUUUUGUUUGAAUGAAGUAGAUCAUCUUAUUAAUCACUGCAUACUGGAAACUUAAUUAAAAUUUAUGCAUAGUGUAUGUCACUUUUUUUUUAACCCCUGUUGCAUAAUUUAGUUAAAAAUGAAAAAGUGCUGUGACUUAGAGACAUAAAAUAGGGAAUGGAAAAAAAUACAAGAGUGGGAUAUAAUACGACAUAUUUUACACAUGGAACCACUAUGGGCUCAACAUGUAUUCAUACAUAAUGCAUGAUGUAACACUUAGUGUGUAGAAAAUAACAUGCUAGUGUGAUGUUUCCUGGUCAUUACAUGUGCCUGUGGAAAAGCAAUUAAACAUAAAAUCUGAAAAUAUGGGGCUGCCAGUUUGCUGAGCACUAUAUCAUACUUGAAGCUGAACAAAUUAUCAAUAUUAGUGGCAUGAUGUGUUCCUGUAUUUAGUGUGUGUUUUUUUGUUGUUGUUUUGUUUUUGUAAAAUAGUCUUUUAGUGUUGACUAAUUACAUUGCAUGUUUUUUUUUUUCAGCAUUUAAUUUGAAAUCACUGUUAACAUAAGUACCGAUCUGUAGUUUUUUAGGCAUUGUGUUUGAUUAGGGCACUUGGGAUUUAAUUCAUAUUCAUGCGAAUAACUUUAAGAUAAUGGUGUUGGUGAAGCACACCGAUGGUUUCAGUUUUAAUGUCUAAUAUAUAAUCAUUUCGUCCUCAAAUCUGCUAUGGAAUAAAAAGCAAUUAGCUAUAUAUUAUUUAGGCAAAAGUGUUAAGCUGUAUUUAUUAAGACUAACUGCAUUGUUGCUGUUUAUAUAUUUUGUAAUGAAGUAUUAUAUCAACAGGUGUGAACAUGUUUUUUAAUGCUCAAUUUUCAGAAGGUGUUAAUGAAUAUUAGUGAAGGCUUUUGUAAUGGGAAUGAAACCACAAUGGCAGCUUUUUUUUAAAAUGUCUGCUUAGUUGUUCAGGUCAGGUCUGUUUCUGGAGAUUGAUCCCCACCAAGGGCUCAAUAUUGUUCUUUUUUUUUUUAAAUCAAAUAAAUGCAUUUUACAAUAACAACCA